GAAAGGAGGAAAGAUAAGGGAAAUGGAAAAAUACAAAACGUAACUAACUAUAUAUCAGUAGAGAAGGAGAGAGAGAUGUGAACUGCUCCGUCCGUGCAAAUAGGAAAGCGUUGGGGCAGUCCUCCCGUUGGAUUAUGGGAUUACGGUCAGGAUGGGCGGUCAUGCGAGUGUUGUGGCCGGCACUGACCCUGCUUACAGCCAGAUUACCCUGGUGAAGGUGAAGUUGCUUCAACCUGCCUCCUGUCACCUACUCUGGCUCUCCCUCCUUUCCCUGCCUCACACUGGCUCUUUCUCCGGCUGGAUGGCUGUCUACCGCGGGUCUCCCCCCUACAGUUCACCACACCACCUGUCGGCCUAUGUCUCCCUGGUCAGACACUAACCUGACUGACUCCCUGACUUCCUCCUGCUGCCAGAACAGUACAUGCCUUGGGGUUGAAGCUUCCUGGGCCAUUAGGACACCUGUCUGUGGAGAAGCCUACCUGGAUACUACAUACGGAGACACCAGACGCAUCUUCUCCUCGACCACCUCGAAGACCCUGGGAGCGGUUGACGUCCUGAUAGUUCUGACCAGCGCUGCUCCCCCAGUCCGGCAGAGCUUCGCUAGCUAGCUAGCAUCAGGUGAAUCCAGGAAGUGUCCGUCUGUCCGGACCAGCAAAUCAGAGGGCUAUGGUUGGUUGUGAGGGCCUGGAGGCGUGGUGAUACACAGAGGCAGCAGGCAGCUCCAUGGCGUGGACUGAGCUGGAGCUCCGGGCAGGGCUCAGAGCUGGGCCACACAGGGCCCUACUAACACUCCUCCUCAUGGGAUUGAUGUUCCUUACCUCCCCCUGCCUUGGUGGUCCCCCACAGCUGGCACGCACCCCUCUGUCACCAGGGCAGCCUUUUCUAGUACUAUGGGGAAUCCCCAACAAGGCGUGUUCUGGACGACCUGACCCUGGAGCCUUUGGGAUGGAGAGAGAGGGCCGCGUGUCCAUGUUUUAUGAGGACACUCUGGGGAAGUACCCCUAUUACACUAGCCAGGACCAGCCGGUGAACGGAGGCCUUCCCCAACACACCAGACUGGAUGGACACCUCCAGAAGACAGGGGAGGACCUGGAGGCAGCGCUACCAUCCAUAGGCUACCAGGGCCUGGGGGUACUGCGUUGGGGCCAGUGGUCCCCGCAGUGGGGAAGGAACCGUGAGAAACAGGGCAUCUACCUGGAGGGCUCCAGGGCUCUGCUGAGAACCUUCUUCCCUGACUGGACCACGGAGGAGGUGGAGAAGUGGUCUCAGGUGGACUUUGAGGCAGCGUCCCAGUCCAUCCUCAUGGAGACGCUGUGGGAGGUGAGGAGACUCCGACCCAAGGCUCUGUGGGGCGUGACCCCGUACCCCAACUGUUACAACUCCGGCCCCGCCCAGUCGCUGUCCAAUUACACGGGUCGCUGUCCCGCCGCAGAGAUGGCAUUGAACGACGAGCUGCUGUGGCUCUGGAAAUGCUGCUCUGCGCUCUACCCCGCCCUCACACUAGAGAAGCUGCAGGGUGGGACCUCAGGGGCCAGACUGUACACAUCCAAUCAGAUCCGAGAGGCACUGAGAGUGGCAAGCUUGGCCGGGACCGCCUACGACCUUCCUGUGUUCCCAUUGGUCAGGAGUGUCUAUACAUCGACCAAUACUUUUCUAUCUGAGGUGGACCUGGUCAACACCAUUGGUGAGAGUGCUGCCAUGGGGGCAGCAGGGGUUGUCCUCUGGGAGAAAGAUCAAGGUGUCUUCUCUACAAGGACUCAGAAAGCCUGCUCAGAGCUGGCCACGUUUGUGCGUGAGGUCCUGGGCCUGUACACCGUCAACGUGACCACAGCCGCCCGCCUGUGCGGCGUCUCCCUGUGCCAGGGGCGUGGCCGCUGCGUGCGCCGCAAACCCGAGAGCUCCGCCUACCUGCACUUGCCGCCCUCCAACUUCGUGAUGACGCAGGGGAAGGUGGAGGGGGUGCAGACCACAGGCCAGCUGGACCCUGGCAACCUGGAGGCAUGGAAGAGGGACUUCCAGUGCCAGUGGUAUGAGUCCCUGGAGGGGGCAGCCGCCGACGAGGAGCUCCCCAAGGACAGGGCACAGGGAGCCCUUCCCCCCACACUGAAUCCCCCCUUGUCGAGUGAGCUGAACCAAGAGACCAGGCCCACCCUCGCUCUGUCAGACCACAGCGGACCAUCACUCACGGCAUCUCUCCUCCCUCUAGUGCUGGUAUUAGCCACAGCUCUAAGCCUGAACACAGACUUAUGCCUGAACCUCUGACCAACCUGCUGAAUGAUCAGGUCGGGGCUCAGGGGGCUUAAGACACUGUCGUACCAGUGUAGAAGAAAUGUUUGUGUGACAGAAACUCUUGAGAGGUGUUUCUAUUUCGAACAAAGAAAUGUCGUGAACAGAGACUACUAUUAUAUUAUGGAGACUGUGGACGUUUUUAUUGUCGAUACAACUAAGAACGUGAACUAGAUCAAACAAAAAAUCUUCUAUUCAUAGGAUUCGUGGUUAACAUUGUCGUCAUUUCUCGUCAACAGCUGUGUGUAUUCAGUUCCUAACAUUGCAGUACUGGAUGUUCCUUUUUACCACUCAUUUUUGUUUAUCGCCACACUUUUCCCCCCUUUUUGUUCUUCACGCUACUCAGCUCUACUGCUUACAUGGCCAUGUUGUGACGGGCUUGUAAUAUGGUUCACAACUUGGUAUCCUCGAACGAUGUAAACACAUUCUACAUGCUACUGCAGUCAUAUCAACUGGAAUGACUUCACCAUUCAACAUUACCUUUGUAUUCUUACGCCUCAUGCUAUUGCGUUUACAAUAAAAUCAUACCUCU